AAGUUGCCUUUCCUUUCGGAAUCGCUGGGGCAGAGCUGUGACGCGGGCUCUCCUGUUCCUGACUUCUCUCCAGGCUGUUUGCAGAUGCAUCCCUGCAGCACAGGCUGUGGACUUUCUGACUGCCGUCCUGGGCAGCUUGCUGCAUGUCAUGCCCCCAUGUGCAAGAGCAGUGUGGAAGUGGGUGUUCGUCUUCCUGGUGGAAUGCAGAAAGGAAAUAGUCCAGGAGGUGCCAAAAAUCUUGGACACCCUUUACAGCUACAUGCAGCAGAGCACCCACAGGCCCUUCCUGCUCCAUGCAGUGUUUCUCCUCACCCGCUUUCACCAGGAGCCCGUAAUCAGCAGUCUCCUCCAGAAGAGUCUCUUCAUGGACAGUGACACGGUGGAGCUGUGGAGGAGCCUGGGGAGAAGCAUCCUUGGGAUUCGGAUCCUGAGGUGCUUAGCGGAGAAACUAAACAGAGCAGGAAACGACCGCCCGGGGACGGGCUCCUCCACUUGUGAGCGGCACGACCGUCAGACUGCUCUGGAGACUCUGACGAUCACCUGUGCCAUCUCCGAGGUGGUGCUUGCCCUGAGGAGCACGGAGGAGCUCAGGCAACUGCUUCCCCACCUCCUUCCCAGCCUCCUGAGGUGGGCCAGUGAAAUGCUGGGUGAGGAGAGGCUGCUUUUGCUCAUGAGCAGCUGGGGAGAACUGUUCCUCGAGUGCCAAAUGCACGUGGAGAAGCCGUGCAGGGUUUUCCUUUCAGCUCUAGAGUUGGUGCUGGGCAAAUGCAUGGCGCAGAAAUGGAUGCAGCUGCUCGUGAAUUGGGCAGUGUGGGCUCGCCUGGAAGACCCCCUGGCUUACCCUGAGGGGGUGUGUCUCCUGAGCAGCCGUCGGGAGCUGAAGAAUAGUGUCUGCAUCGGCGCAAGAGACCUCUGUGAGGUCACAAUGGUUGGGCUCUACAUCUUCCUCCUGGGGCUGGUGCUGCCCCAGUUUCUCAUGGCUUUUGCCUGGAGGAGCAGCGUGUCGAUCCGGGGGAUCCUGCUGCCCAUGCGGAGGAUGAGAGCGCUCAUAGCUCUCUGCCCAUGCGUGCGUUCCCAGUCCAGACCUGUGCGUUCUGAGGACAGAGGCAGGGUGACGGGGACUGUCCCUGCGGCCGUCACUACCUUUGUGGCCAUCGGGACUUCUCUGCUCAAGCGACUGCAAGACCAUGAGGCACUUUGUCCCCAGGCGCUGAUCCUGCUGCUCAAGCUGGACUAA